AUCGAAAUAAACAAUGGAAAACAAAUACCCCCGCAGCUGACGUGAUGGACCGCCCUAUCUGCAUAUUGAGCACUGCAGUGCCCUUCAGCGCCUGAGUCAUGUGUCGCAGUGCGCAGCUCCUUCCCUCUUAUAAGAGCCACGUAGCAGAACAUCGAUGAUAAUUGAUUCUCAGUCAAACAUGGUGAUCAAGCAUAGUGCAGAUAACCCACCUGCCUACGAAUACGUCGCAACUCAGAAUGGUUCAAAUGAACAGCCAUAUCAACCUUCGACGUCCAAUGGGGCCGCGAACCCACCCACAAUGCCUCCUAAUACUGUGACUCCUUUUCACGCUCGUCCUAUGCCUAAGAUGCAGGAUCCUACAAUCUACCACUAUCAGAAUCCCUUGACUGGCGAACAGAUCGCCUCACUACUGCCCCCAAACCACCCAGAAAUGAUAUGCUUACAGCAAGGGGGACAUACAACUGAAACCAAGUUCGGCAUUCUAGGUAUUUUGCUCGCAAUAGUUUGGUUCCCGUUGGGCAUUAGUUGUUGCCUUCUUGACCGCAGGGUCAUAUGCACUCGCUGCGGGAAGGUCAUAGAUCACGGUAUGUGUGGUUAAUGCGUAUUGCAUGCCCUCGGCCUUUCUCCUGUUUAUUCUCGCGGACUUGCUCAACGCACGGAUGUAUUCUUCUUGUUAUUCGACAAUAUUGCCAUGCAUAUAUCCCGAUUUCCACAGUCACUGCUCCUAACUUGAUGUACAGUCCUACUAGUAUGUAAAAUAAUUUACGACGAACACUAUA